AUGGACACUGUCCUUUUUCCAGUACAGGGAGGUACAGUUGGAGAAGCCCAUUUUAGGAAUCGAAGAGGAAUUCUAGAAUUAGCUGGAGCCAUCAGAUGUACUACAGGACGUUCUCCUUUUGCUUACCUACGCUACGGAUGCUACUGUGGUCUGGGAGGAAAAGGCUGGCCCAAGGACAAAGUAGAUUGGUGCUGUUUUAACCAUGACUGCUGCUACGGUAAGGCAGAGCAAGCAGGUUGUCACCCCAAGAUAGAAAGUUACAGUUGGGAAUGUGAAGACAAUGCUGCUGUGUGUGAAUCACUAGAAGACAGAUGUCAAAAAAUGGCAUGUGAAUGUGACCGUGAAGCUGCCAAGUGUUUUUCUAAAGCCUCCUAUCAUGCAAAGUACCUUUUGUGGCCAGAUUUUAUGUGUGGUGAGAUUCAGCCUUUCUGUAGAUAUUAGAUGCAGAACACCGGUCCUUAUGAAAACAUGUAUGUAUUUAAAUCUACAAAGAUAACUUUUCUUGUCACAGUAGUGACAAGUAGGUUCUUGAUCCUUCUUUCUGCCACCCCAACCCCUCCAGCCCAGAGUGGCCAAGGCAAAUAUUUGUCCUCUUGUUUAUCUUCUAUUGGGCUAAAAGCAAAUUCAUUAUUUCUGUGUAAGCUUUUAUUGACUAAAUACUAAAUAGGAAUUUGAGUAACUGACUUGAAAUUCAUCUGGUUAUCUUCAGAUUCACAGUAUCAUUCACUGAAAUUUUUCACACACACACACACACACACACACCUGCCAUCGGAUAUGUGAUGCCAUCCUUUCCACUAACAUUUAACUUAAUUCCGAUUUGUGACAUGUUAACAUUUGUUAACUUUGAACUGAUAAGGAAAAAAUGCAUGAAGUGACAGUGUCAGUGUAAAGAGCCCUCUUAUCUAUAUUAAACACUCAUUACCAAGCCUGAUUUAACUUUUGCCUCUCACUCUACUCAAGAAGUCUUACCUGUAUUAAAAAUUACUUAAUAUAAUUAUUUUGCACAUAUUUUACUAUUUUAAAAUACAGUUUUCUUAGAAGUUGUUCAUUUGAUACAGCUCUAGCUCCUCACUCUGUGUACACCUUGCAUUUCCUAUAGGCACAGGGAGAAAAAACUGUACCUUUAAAACUUUAGAGCGAGAUUAAGAGCGCAAAUGCAAACUGGCAACAAGACAGACAUCUGAAAAAAGGAGCAGUCACUGGGACAACUGCCUUUGAUCUCGCAGAAACGCAUGAGUUUGCAAAGUUCAGAGCUGUGCACCUCAUAAAGAUGUAAAGACAGUUUUAGCUAGGGUCACAUCACAGUUUUUGGAAGCCUUUUAUGAAGAGAAGUCAAGAACAGGAAUUGCUGAAUAAUACUCUUUUUCAUUACGAUAAUUUUAACAGUUUAAGAACUGAGAAUGUUCUAUGUCUGUUUUGACUCUCCUGAACUCACUUAAAGCCAGAAGGCUAGACUACAAGUUUACACAAGCCAAAGCUAAUGCCAAGUAUAUCAAUACAAAAAUUUAAAUGAUACU